AUGAAGAGAUCAAUGAAAUCCGGUCAUCAAAAGCGAACCGAAAGCAAGAGAAAGGCGCUACAACAGUCAGCAAAUGCUCCAGGGCAACGAUCUUUGUUUGAAAUGUUCAGAUCAACAACAACAAAUAGCAGUACUACAACUAAUACCGAAAGGGAAUGCAUCGGGACAGCUGAGGAAAGAUCAAAUGAAAUCAUUGAUUUUUCAGGUGAGAAAUCACAACAUGUUGAACUUCCUGAUCCUGUACCUGUUAUGGUCGUUGUUGAAAGCGAUACUGAAGCAAAGGAAACUACGAACACUUGUGGAAAUAUUGCAACUGUAUCAACGUCAAAGUCUGAUUCUAAAAAUUCCAACGACUGGUAUAGGGGGAUGAAGCUAGAUGUCGAUUGGUUGUUAGAUGCUGCGAAGUGCUUAGUGUUGAAGAAAGAAAUAAAAGAUAAAAGAAAGAGACCAACUGUUACAUGCUUAUUAUGUAACAAGUACGAAUUUCAGGUACGAAAGAUGACCUCAAAUUGUCAGUUACCAAUAGCAAACGGUGUACGUGUUGAUGGAAAGGACAGACUUAAACAUGUUGUUGAUCACUUACUUUCUCCAGCACAUGAGGAAGCCGAACGAUUGAAUGAUUGCGACAAAACUUGGUGCGAUAAGUCCGAUAAGCAUCCUUGGGUAAGAGUUUUUAAAAAGUGGAAUGACGAGAAAUUACAGGGCCUGGUUCGUAUUGCAAUCGAUGCCUACAAUGACUCGCAGGUUGAAACCUUAAGUGCUCGAAGCUGGCCCUCAAGAUCCCUUGCAGUAGAGCACAGUAAUCAUGUGUUGCACCACUUUGAGUCACAGGGAGGGGAUGCUGACUUUGUACCUUUUGAUCCACCAGCAUCCUGUUAUCACUAUAGAGAUCCAAUGCUUUAUGCUGAAAUAAGAAACAUCAUUGCAAAACAAGAAAUGAAAAAAGUUGCACAAUUGUUAAAAGACUGCUUGUGUUACUCGGUGCAAAUUGAUGGAAGUGCUGACAAGCAGCAAGUUGAUUCCAAGUUUAUAACUGCUCGGUAUGUGCCAUGUGAUGAAGUCAGUGUUAAAACAGUGUUUCUUGGUAUUGCAAGUAGUGAUUUAGGAGGAGCUGAGGGGCUGUUAGAUUCUUUCACAACAUGUAUUGAAAACAUUGGCAUAAACACUGAUAAAUUGGUUGGUGUUACCACUGAUGGAGAAAAUGCAAAUACUGGAAAAAAUGCUGGUUUAUGGAAGCUUCUGCAAGAUUAUAUCGGAAGAGAUAUUCUGACAAUAUGGUGUGUCUGCCAUCGAUCUGAUUUGGCACUUGAAUCGGUUCAGGCUGAGGUUCCUGAGCUCACGAUAUGGAUGUCCAAUGUUCUUGCUGUUGCAACAUUCUUUCGAACAUCUCCUCGCAGGACAAAACUACUUCAUAAG